CAGAUUGCCCAGGUCAACUGUCAACCGUAAUUAUUUCAACCAACGCGGUUCUCUCUCCUUAGAGCCAAAGGAGAAUCUCAUUUCAUAGGCCAAACCGCCAAGAAACACCCAUUUGGUGAUUUCGUACACGUAAUUAGCCGUCGCUCAUAUUCUCUGUUUCCUUCUUAGCUUUUGCUUCUCUCUCGAACUUUUUGUCCAAUCAAAACCCAUUUCCUCUUUGAUUUCUAUGUUCAAGCUCCUGAUCGAUGAAUUGAACGACCUAGUUUGAAUCUCACUCUCCAAAGUUCAAUCAUAAUAGACGUCCUCUUCAGUCACUGGAUUCACAUAGUUCUCGUUCUAACCACCGCCCACUUCAAAAGUUCAAACCCUCUAAAGCUUUAAACCCGCAAUUCAGUCUUCAGAAUUGUUGCGGCUGUCGUUGAGUUGGUUAUCUCGAUUCUUUAACUUGUGGGUCUUAAUCAUAUUUCUGUAUUGUUACCACAAAUUUCUACAAUGAGUUUCUUGAGACCAUCUGCAUUGUACCAGUUCCUUAUCACCUCCCCAUCGCUCCGGUGGAUGCCAUGCCAGAGUUGGGGAUUUCUCCGGUGGCCCGGGCUUGAUGGGCUCCUGAGGCUUUUCGUGGUGCUGCUUUUAUGGUCUACGUUCUCGGAGAUUCGGCACAUACCCUCCUCUUCUAUGUUCCCAACUCUUCGUGUUGGCGACAGGAUCAUUGUCGAAAGGGCCUCAUACUACUUUGUGAGUCCAGCUAUACAUGAUAUUGUGACAUUCCGAGAUCCAACACAGCAUCCUGGAGAUGAGCAAGUUGUUUUCAUAAAAAGAAUUGUUGCAAAAGCAGGAGACUCAGUUCAGGUCAAUCACGGAUUGCUCUAUGUCAAUGGAAUUGCUCAAAAGGAAGAUUUUAUAGCAGAGUGCCCAACAUACAAAUCAAAUUUAACUAACAGCAUUGCAGGGCUGGAACUGUUGGGGGCAAAUGAGUUUCACAAAACAGCCCAAAGGUCCAUGAUGUUCCAUGCAAUGUGUUUGCCGUGUCAUUGGAGCUCCAGUUCUUGUAUGUGCCUCAAGGUCAUGUCUUUGUCUUGGGUGACAACCGGAACAACAGUUUUGACUCCCAUUUUUGGGGCACCCUCCCCAUUAAAAGCAUUCUUGGAAGAUAUGUUAUGCGCUGUUACAGACCAAACAGAUGACUGACAAUUUCGGUUGAUGGGCUACAGCCAGCAUUCAAAACAUCGUCAGCCUCGGGCAGAUUUGACGGGGACAUGAUUAUUAGAAGAGGUAGCAUACUUGGAGUUCACUGCUAUUAUGUUAUGGAUAAAAAUCAUUAACAGUACCCAAUUUAAAGCUGCAUAGGGUAAAUAAUUGAAUACCAUGUGAAUGAGCUUUUGCCUUGGAUGGUGUUGUUUCUCAUUAACAUAUAAAUGGUUAAAUUCCGAAAAGAAAAGAAAAUGAGUAGGGUUUAUGAUGA